AUGCCAUCUAGUUUUCUCCACCUCCUCUUUCUACUAUCCCUUACCAUCCUAUGCAGUGAAGCAUCAUCGAAUCACUGUAAAGAAGCAGAAAAGCAAGCUCUUCUAGAUUUCAAAGCAGGCGGAAAUGACUUCCACACCAAUGAAGUUCCAGAGUUCAUCGGUUCUUUGCAGAAACUGGAGUAUUUGGAUCUCUCUGAUGCUCGUUUUGCUGGAAAAGGGCCUCAUCAGCUUGGAAACCUGUCAAGCUUAUGGAUACCGGCAUGGCUCUUUAAUGUUUCUAGCCUCAGCAUCUUACAGCUUGACGGGAAUAAUUUUCAUGGAACUAUUCCUGAAGAAAUUGGCAACAAUACUAAUCUUGAAAUCCUUGAUCUUUCUGGGAAUAUGGAUCUUGACGUUGGAAACUCAAAAGGGUUCGGAAAAAUGUGCAACCUAAAGACAUUGUUUUUGUCCUCCAUAGAUAUUUACAAAGAGUUCGUUGAUAUUGGAGAUAUUUUUUCCCAGUGCAAUGAGAAAAGUUUGGAAAUUUUACGGAUAGAAGAAAGUGGGCUUGCUGGAAAUUUACCAGAUUGGCUUUGGGAGUUCAAAAAUCUCAAACAACUUGAACUAGGAGGCAAUCAAUUGGAAGGAGUUAUAUACCAGAAAGGUUUUCUCACCGAAGCACAUUUUUCUGGCCUUGGUAGAUUGAAAGACUUAGAUAUUUCCUACAACUCCUUAGCUCUAGAAGUAAGCCCAAGCUGUAUUCCUCCUUUUCAACUUAAUGCACUCCUCAUGAGCUCUUCAACAUUGGGUCCCCAGUUUCCUUCAUGGCUUCGUACACAGAAGAAUUUAUCUUAUCUUUGGUUAUCAGCUACUGUGCCUGAAUGGAUUUGGAAUUUCUCUUCUCACCUUUACUUCAUAGAUCUCUCCGAUAACAAACUCAGAGGCAAGAUACCUUCUUGGAUAAAUUUUGAAGAAAUAGAAUACACAUAUAUUGAUUUGAGUUCCAACUGUCUUGAGGGUUCUAUACCGUAUUUUCCUUCAAACACAAUCCACUUAGAUCUAUCAAACAAUUCAUUCUCGGGCUACAUUCCUCCUAAAAUUGGUGAGGCGAUGCCUAACUUGGAAUAUCUCUCGCUUUCGAUGAACAAUAUAAGUGGCAGCAUUCCUCCUUCUCUUUGUAAGAUUGCAAAAUUGAAAAUUCUUGACCUUUCUAAAAAUCGUCUAUCAGGACAACUGCCUAAUGUUUGGAGCAGGGAUUCUGAACUUCUAAUUUUAGAUGUUAAGAACAACCACCUAACUGGAGGUAUUCCAGACUCCCUUUGUACAUCGGUCAAUCUCAGGUCAUUACACCUUGUCGACAACAAGUUUUCUGGUGAACUCCCGCUUUCUUUGAGAAAAUGUCAGAGAAUAGUUACCCUUGAUCUUGGUGAAAACAAGUUUGCUGGAAAUAUACCAAGAUGGGAGAAUGUGUUGGUAGUCUUCAAAGGAAGAGAAAUCAUGUAUGAUAUGCUCCUCUCUCUUGUAAGUAUGAUCGAUCUCUCCGAUAAUUACUUGUCUGGAAAUAUUCCUGGUCAAUUGGCUAGUCUUUAUGGACUUAAAAGCCUAAAUCUAUCUGUGAAUCAUCUAAGUGGUGAGAUAAGCGCAAAUAUAGGAAGACUGGGGCAGUUGGAAUCUCUUGAUUUAUCAAAAAACAAGAUUUCAGGACCAAUUCCUCCUAGCCUGUCAAACUUGAACUUUUUGAGCCACUUGAACUUGUCAUUCAACAACUUGACAGGAGAAAUAACAACGGGCAAUCAGUUACAAACCUUUACCGAAGCAUCCAUUUAUAUCGGGAAUGCUGCACUCUGCGGAAUCCCACUAAGCACCAAGUGUGAAGAUGAAGAAGAUUCUCAAGUUCAAGAUGACAAAUAUGAUGAAGAGAGAUAUGAAACAGUGAUGUACUGGAAUAGUGUAGGGUGUGGAUUUUUCUUUGGCCUUUCGCUAAUUUUUGGUCUGUUAGCACUUAAGAGAACAUGGAGGAAUGCCUAUUUUGAGUUUGUAGACCACAUGUACGAUACAUCCCCGAUAUCACAACGAAAGAAGCUAUAA